GUCACAGGGAGGGACACACCACCGCUACCCCCCACCAAUGAGCACGCUACAUCCCCUCCCAUCCAUUUAACUAGAAGCUGGAGCUCCUAACACCAUCAUAUCCAUGCAGAGCAGCAGACACUGCUCACACACUCUGACCACCUGAAGCCCUCACCUGUGCCCACAGGACUACUGCAGGAGACACCGUCUCUACUGCAUGGACUAUCUGCUCUGCUCUACACUUUGCUGGAUUUAACUUCAUUUGGCAUGGAAAGAAUCCCCAGUGCCCAGCCUCCCCCUGCUUGUCUGGAUAGAUCUACCUCCUUGUCUGGGAUGGAUUUUUCCCACAUGUAUCCGGUUUUCAAAAACAGGAAAGGUCUGAAGCGAUGCGAGGAUGGCAAGGAAUCUUACAAGCUCCCUCACCGACUUAUUGAGAAAAAAAGACGUGAUAGGAUUAAUGAAUGUAUUUCCCAACUGAAAGACCUGCUGCCGGAGCACCUCAAGCUGACGACACUGGGACAUCUUGAGAAAGCUGUGGUGCUGGAACUGACCCUUAAACAUGUGCAGUCCUUAUCGAACCUGAUCGAGCAGCAACAGCAGCAGAUCCUAACACUUCAGAAGGGUGGGUCACCCCUAAGCAGCAAAUCCUCAGAAGAGAUGUUUCGCUCAGGGUUCCAGCUGUGUGCAGAAGAAGCUUUAAGAUUCCUGCAAGGAGGAGAGACGCGUGAACUUGUAGCUCACCUGCAUCGUGUGGCCUCCGAUCUCAGCCACAGUCCCUCCAGAGUUGCCAAACUGGAUGAAAAACCCAGUCCUAAGGCUCAGGCCACCAACUGCGUCCCUGUGAUUUGCCGUGCUGCACCCCUCCAAUCCGGAGAGCAGAGUGGCACCGACACGGACACUGACAGUGGGUAUGGAGGAGAAGUGGAAAAGGCAGAUUCCCAUCAGGAACAAGGUGGUGUCAUUAAGGAAGACUCCUCUAGAUCCCCCACCCUAGACAGGGUCAUCAAGCAGGAACAUGAGGAAAUUCCAAAAAAGAGGCCCAGACUGGAGACCACAGAUGGUGACUCCAGAUUCUGCGACAAUGACCUUUCUUCAGUGGGGUCUUACCCUUCUCAUCCACCCUUUUGUUUCCCCUUUUAUUUGAUACCCCCUACACCCUCUGCCUAUUUGCCCAUGCUGGAAAAAUGUUGGUACCCAGGAUCUAUGCCUAUGUUGUAUCCCAACUUAUCCCAGUCCGGACUGCUGAGUCAGGAUAGCGUCCCCCAAGUUCACUCUCCAGCAAUGUCAUCCAUGGACUCCUCUGCCUUACUGCAAGCACUUAAACAGGUACCCACCGUGGGUGCAGACCCCAAAGACUGAGGAUGGAGGAGAAGAAAAAAAAAACUCUGCUUGUA